AUGAGUAAAGAAUAAUAAUCAGCUCCAACAAACGAUGGAAGCAUUGACCAUGAAGAAAUGUUCCACACUAACUCUUAUCCAGCAAGUGUUAGUGAAAACAAGAUGCUUACCUUAGUAAUCAGACUUCUUUCGAUAGGCAUUAUUGUAAUCGAGAGUUAUACUGUCUAUGCUCUGGUCAAACAAAUAUACGAAUUUGUGACAUAAGUCCAUAGAGAGCCAGAUGUAGUCAUGCUCAUAACUCUAGCCUACUUCUUCUCCUCAGCAUAUAAGAUCGCUGUUUGCACCUAUGGGUACAAUUUCGCAACCUACCACACUGAAAGAACACCUGAGAAUUAUCAAGGCUUCUUUAAGAACCUCAACACCUCUUCUUCAAUCAAAUUUUUUGUGAGUGCUGGCAUUGGUUUCUUCCUCUACUAUCACUAAAUUAGAUACACUCACAGAUUCGGAAAGAUGGAAACUGAUUUAGUUCACUACAUCCAUGUUGUUCAGAAGAUAUUAGCCUUACAAGUAGCAGUCUCAUGGCUGUACAACUAUCUCUUUAAGAGAUUGUAUUCAAUUGAAAUCACACAACCUAGAGUUGUUGAUACCAAGGCUGCAAGCAUUAAAAUCACACACUGA